AUGAAGGCACCGGUUCCAUUUUCGCCGCAGAAUCUUAAAUACGUGUCGUCUCUUUACAGACGUUCACUUAGGACAGCACAUGAUUGGAUCAACAGAACUGAUUUCUACAGAGAAAAGGCGGCAGAGAUAAAGCUUCGCUUUGAGCAGAAUAGAGACAUAUCAGAUCCAAAAGAGUUACAGAAAGUAUUUGAAACCACAGAAGAGCUUUUAGAGAAAUUUCAGCAUCCAGAUCCAAUUAUUCCUCCUAGAAGACCAGGUGGAAUUGAGUAUGACAGAAAUGUUCCUCCAAGAUACGAGAAGGGUCCUGCAAACUUCAAGAAUACUGUUUAA